CACUGGUGCUCCUGACCGGCGAGUCUGGCAUUGCAGCUGGCGCAGCAACGCGGCGCGAGAGUGUCUGCGGCGUUUGGAUCUUGCACCCCGCGCACGAGAACGAUGAGGCGGCGCUGCCCCUGCACAGCUGGCUGGGCUGCCUCCCUCGCGGUCCUGGCGGCGAUGGCGGCGACGCGCCGCGCCGGCGCGGACGUCGGCUGGUGGUCGUCGCCGCAGAGUGCUGCUGCUGCGGUCACGGGCGUCGGCGCCUUUUUGUCCGGCUCGGCGCUGCCGACGCGCGGCAGCUCCGCGGGGCGCGCGCGGGUCCUCGGCGUGCUGCUGGCCUUUCCGCAGCUCGCGGCGGCGGCCCGGCCCUUCGGAACUGCAAACGCGUCCAUGACGCGGCGCAAGCUCGGGUACGUCAUGACCGACAGCAACAUUAGAACAGCCGUCGCUGCGUGGCUCUCGGACAGCGCAUCCGCAGAGACGACAUACGGCCACAUCUCGACGUGGGCGACUGGCGGGGUGACGGACAUGUCGGAGUUGUUUUGCAGCGAUGGUGCUGAGUGCUCGUACUACAACACGGCCGCGGCGUCCUUUAACGACGACAUCGGCGCGUGGGAUACAUCCGGCGUCACAACCAUGCAAAACAUGUUUCAAGGCGCCUCGGCGUUCAACCGGCCGAUCGGCGGUUGGGCAGUCGACAGCAUAACGAGCAUGAGGUGCAUGUUCGCCCGCGCCUCAGCCUUCGACCAGGACCUCAGUGAUUGGGCGGUCGACAACGUCAUGAGCACGAGGUCCAUGUUCUACGAAGCCUCGGCCUUUAACCAAGACGUCGGUAAUUGGGCGGUCCACAGCGUGACAAGCAUGCACGGGAUGUUCUUUUCCGCCUCGGCCUUCGACCAGGACCUCGGUGAUUGGGACACCUCAGGCGUCACGAGCAUGCGCAUUAUGUUCGCCCGCGCCUCGGUCUUUAACCAGGACAUCGGUUUUUGGGCGGUUGACGGCGUCACUGAUAUGUACGGGGUGUUCUACCAAGCCGACGCCUUCGACCAGGACAUCAGUGGAUGGGCGGUCCACAGCGUCACGAGCAUGGAGCUCAUGUUCGCCGAGGCCUUCGCCUUUAACCAGGACCUCGGCUGGUGCGUGGACGACGGCGUGAACCUGAACAACGCGUUCGUUGACUCUCCGUGCGCGUCGACGUCGUGCGGCGUCACGCAAGUGGCGGGCGGCUGCGCGCCGACUGCACGCCCGACGCCAAGUCCUACGCCCGGCCCGACGCCUCGCCCUACUUUCCGCCCGACUCCGGUUCCGACACCUAUGCCUACUUUCCGGCCGACGCCUGCGCCCAGCACGCGCCCAUCACCCCAACCGACACCUCUACCUACUUUGUGGCCGACGCCCGCGCCCAGUACGCGCCCACCGACGCCGGGCGCGCUAACCGCGGCCGCCGACGGCCUCCUCGAGGGCUCGCUGACGUGCGCGGGCAUCUCGCUGGCGGACGCGGAGGCGCUCGCGGACGUCUUCGUGGCGGCAAUCGCCAGCGUCUACGGCGUCCACCCCGACCGGGUCACCGUGACGUUUUCAUCUGGCCGAAGACGUCUCCAGAGUGAUGACGUAUGCCGUAACGGUACGGGGCAAAGACGUCUUCAGAGUGGUGACGUCGUAUACGUCCCCUACUGGAUUCGCUACGAAUCGGUGGAGCACGCAGCGAACGCCGUGUCAUUUAUUCCAGUGGGGGCCGGCGAGAUUGAAAGGGCCAUGCAUAAGGAAGCCGCAGAAACGGGUAAUCAGGUCGUUUUUGCCGGAAUGACCGUCGAAGCCGUGUGCAUGGAAGUUGCAAGGACGCCGGAGCCGACCUCAGCUCCAACAACAAGUCCCGGGGGCUCAGGCGGCGGCGGCGGCGGCGGUGAGGACAGCAAUGUUACCAUCAUUAUCAUCGUCGUCGUCGUCAUCGUGUUCGCCUUCGCGGGCGUCAGCGCGUGCAUCGGCUUCGUGCGGGCGUCCCCGCGGAAGGACAAGGGCACGAAGGUCGCGCCCGCGGAGGCCGGUGCCGCCGCGGCGCUCACAGCGACGGAGAUGGCGAACGAGGCAGCGUUGGAGCAGCACCAAGACGUCGCCCAGGUCGUGGCGUCGGGCAUGUCUCUGGUGAACACAUUGCUCACGGCGGGCUCUCUCGUGCCGUUUGUGGGAGACAUCGCCGAGGUCGCGAACGAGUUCUUCGGCUCCGCCAGCGAAUUUGCGGACAAGGCGGACGACGUCGUCACCGCGGCGCGGCGCGUCGUGGAGGUGCUCGAGCUGGUGACGCUGAUGAAUAAGAACGCGGAGUCGCUGGUAGAAGGCAAGGAGAUCGUGGAGGCGCGGAUGCGGCAACUGCUGGAGCUACUGCGUCAAUUCCACGCCGCCGUGCGGGCCUUCGGCGAGCGGGGAUGGUUCAAGCGCAUGUGGACGAUUAGGUCGCACGUCGAUUCGUUGUCUGAGCUGGACCGCGACAUCAAGCUUCAGCUCGAGAUGUUUCGCGACGCGUCGCGCCUAGCGACUGACAAUGUUUACCUCGAGCGAACUUACCGGAUCGAGCAAGCCAUUGAGCGGCUUGUGGCCGAGAGAGUGCAGACCUGUGUGGAUAUCAACCAGUGUGUCAUUUCUCGGCGACGACGUGGCCGCGCUGGCUCCGUCGAGCGGUGAGGAAUCGACACCACCACGCUAUCGAGCAGGCGUCGCGUCGAUGGCGUGGAGGUCGACGCGGCGAUUCAGGACGAAUGCGCCGUAAAUUUGAUUUCCACACAGGUGCAGACGACCGGCGAGUCCAAAGCGACGGCCGUCGAGGCGCUGUCCAAGGAUGCGGCGGCGGUCGAGACCGUCGGUGCGCAUAUCCCAGACAAGGAGUUCGCCGCGGAACUACGAGAGUUCCACAUAGAGCUCCGCGCCGACGUGAAGGAGCUGCUACGCCGCGAAUCGUCGCUGAAGAUACGGCUCAGUCGCAGCCAACAAUCCAUGAGACAGCGCUUGGACCACAUCACCGAGCUACUCGAAGAGACGACGCUGCGCUCGCCGAGCGCGACGUUGACGCCCGUGCGCGAGGCCGUGGCCUACGUCGACGCGGCGGCGCCGCCGCCUGGCUCGACGCUCUCGGUGGACCGCAUCCACGUGGCCGAGGCGCCGGUGCCCGCGCCGCUCGUCGAGGCGCCGGCGCCGGCGCUCUACGCCGCCGUGCCGGCGCCGGCGCCGGCGCCGGCCGUGAAGGACGAGAUUUAUCUUACGCAGAGCUCCAGUACGUUUGAGGGGCCAAUCCAGUUAGUUGGAUAACAAUUUUCAUCUUUACACAU